UGCUCCGAUAAUAGAAGUACACGUUGACAACAUCUUGCUUGGUGAUGUUCAACAAACUGAUACAUUUAAUGAAUCAUCUCAUACUUUUACAAGUUCAGCAAAGGUGACAAAGGCUAACAAAAUGUGGAAUGGAAAGAGAUGUGCUGCACCAGGAAAAGCAAAUAUGAUUUUGGUCCAAACAAUGUCUCAGUAUGCAAAACUGUCAGUAUGAAAUAGAUGGCUGGGGGAACUAUUAGAUGUUCAACAAGAUGCGAGCACAGUCGAUCUCAUUCAGAUACAGACUAUGAAGUAUCGUCUCAAGCUAAUCCGCCUUCAAAUUUGAAAAUGAUAUCAUCUGUUCGUUUACCUCCGAUUACAAAAGUGGUCGUUAAAUGUACUGUGGAUGACUGCAAUGCUAAAGGACAAUGGAAGCUUCGAUGGGAGGAUGGAAAUAGGACUGAAACAAAGAUGUGUAACACAGCAGAGACAUGCCUGUUAACACAAAAGUACUCGGGAGAUAGAGAAAUGACAGACAUAUGCAAAUCACAGGAUUUUCUGAAUAUCUCGUUGACAGUAACAUGUUCAAAGACGACCGAUGGUAGUCAAUCCAAGGAAAGUGGCAUUCAGACGUUUUCGUUAACAUUCCCUUUUUCUGUCAACAAUGUACUUAUUGGAACAGGUGUGAUCUGUGGACUCUGCAUCCUGUUUGUAAUUGAAAGAUGUGUAUAUCUUAAACGGCAAAAGAUUAGCGCAGUCAACAUAACCGAAAAUGUUGAAAAUCACAGCGUCCCCUCGUCGGACAAUGGCGUGCUACACAUAACAACAGAAGGAGUCCAGUACGCAGUCGUGCAGAGACAGGCGGCCACACGGAGGACUGAAACGCAGCAACCACAUGAUGACGACAGCCUAACGUACGCAGUGUUGGACAUCAAUUUCCUACAAGAGGCUAACGCAAGAGUUUCGUUAAGGAGAUAUAAUAUGCCGACGGAGUAUGCUGACAUUGAGUUCUCCUCAACACAGGAACCUGAAAAAGAAGAUUACACCUCCACGGACAAUGGCGUGCAGCACAUAGCAACGGAAGAUUUUCAGUACGCAGUCGUCCAGAGGCAGGCGGCAACACGGAGGACAGAUAUGCAGCAACCACUUGAUGACGACAGCCUAACGUACGCCGAGUUGGACAUCAAAUUCCUACAGGAAGCUAACACCAGAGUUCUUGCAAGGAGAAAGAACACGCCGACAGAGUAUGCCGACAUUGAGUUUGCCUCAACAUAG